AUGUCGCUGUCUGCCGAAGCGCUGCUGGCGGCCGUGAACGAUGCGCCGAACGGCGCGAUUGCGGAUUCUCGCGCGCUCUCUCCGGUGCAGCCCUUUUCGCGGGAAGAGGUGCUGAAACGCGUGGAGCAGAGCACGUCGCUCGACCAGGACAAGAAGGACCUCGCCGAGGAGGAGGCCGCGCACAAGGCCGCGGCGCAGUGGCAGCUGCAGCUGCAGGGCGUGCUGCUCAGUCUGCAGAGCAAGGAGAUGGUUCAGUUCAAGAGCAUCGAGCAGCAGCCGCUCUUUCUGACGCUCGACGGGCGCGAGUGCAUGCGCCUCGGCUCGCCCGAGUACCGCCUCUUUUCCCUGCUUCCGGAGGACGCGAGCGUCGGCAAGGCACAGGCCGAGCUGCAGGAAGCGCUCGGUGCGGAUACGUUCAAGCAGGCGCAGGCGCGUGCGUUCCGCAACAAGCUGGCGCGCCGCCUGCCCGACGGCACGUUUGCGCGUGCCGAGGGUCUUUCUUCGCUGGCCGACGAUGCCAAGGCGGAGCUCGUGGAGAUCGCCAAGACGGGCGGCCUGUCGGACGAGAAAAAGGUCGCCGAGCUCAAGAAGCGCAAGAUGCUGGGCAACCGCAAGCUACUCUACUUCUCCAUCGAAAAGGGGCCGCAGUUUGCGCUGACCGUGCAAAAGCUCGAGACGGACCUCACUGCGGAGAUGCUCGCGUCCGGCGCGUGGAAGACGGCCGCGUUCAAAAAGUACAACUUUGACGCGGAGGGCGUCGUGCCGCCGAGCGGCGCGCUGCACCCUCUGCUCAAGGUGCGCGAAGAGUUCCGCAACAUCUUCUUCGAGAUGGGCUUCUCCGAGAUGCCGACGAACCGCUUUGUUGAUUCGUCCUUCUGGUGCUUUGACUCGCUGUUUGUCCCCCAGCAGCACCCCGCCCGCGACGUUCAAGACACCUUUUUCGUCGCCGAUCCCCCUGCUGCGAAAGAGAUCCCGGAGGACUACCUUGCGCGCGUCACCGAGGUGCACGAAAAGGGCGCGUACGGCUCGAUCGGAUACCGCUAUCCCUUUGACCGCAGCGUGACCGAGUCGCUGGUGCUCCGCACGCACACGACCGCCGUCUCGUCCGCGAUGCUGUACGCGAUCGCGAACCAGCCCGACGGCUUCCGGCCCGCGAAGCUCUUCUCGAUCGACCGCGUGUUCCGCAACGAGGCGACAGACGCGACGCACCUCGCCGAGUUCCACCAGGUCGAGGGCGUGGUCGCCGACUACAAUCUUACGCUCGGCGACCUGAUCGGCUUUAUGCAGAUCUUCUUCUCCAAGAUGGGCGUCAAGCAGCUGCGCUUCAAGCCCGCGUACAACCCCUACACGGAGCCGAGUCUGGAAAUCUUUUCCUACCACGAGGGCCUCAAAAAGUGGGUCGAGAUCGGGAACAGCGGCAUGUUCCGCCCAGAGAUGCUCCGCCCGAUGGGCAUUCCCGACGGCGUCAACGUCCUCGGCUGGGGCCUCUCGCUCGAGCGCCCGACCAUGAUCCGCUACGGCAUCAAGGAUAUCCGCCAGCUCGUCGGCCACAAGACCCCACUCGAGUCGGUGGAGAAGGCACCGGCCGUGCGCUUUUAA